UGCCCGCUCGAUGCUCGUUUGUUUUCAGGUUAAACACCUUCUCACGUUUAGACGGAGAGAAGCGCUGUGGAACCUCAUCUAAACCUACGACGUGUGUGUGUUUGAAGGAGAAAACACACUCUGUGGACCUCUUUAGCCCGGCAUGAAUGUACAUUUUAAGUAUUAAAGUUAAACACUUUGUGCCAAGACGGGAUAUGAAAAGCUUACAUGAAAGUGUUGGUGCUUUGCCUGGUGAUGAUCAAUAUUUUUUCUUUUUUUUUUGCGGUCUUGCUCACCUCCGAAUUGCUUUCAUGUAAUUUCAGUCAGGGAUGUGGUGGUGAGGUUCUCGUGCACAUUUUGCGUGCCUCUUUAAAAUCCCCAAAGUAUCAUUUAUAAAUCUGAAUUAACACUAAUUAAAUAGCAGUAUUGCUGUAAAGCAGAGGAAGUCUGAUGGACCGGCUCCUCUGUUUUCUAUCUAUACAUGUGGGUAAGCAGCUGCUACACGCACCCACCCCACACCCACACCCCCCUGCUAAAAAAAAAAACAAAAAGGUGUUGCAUUGGCUCUGCUCUGUUUCACCAGACACAUUGGCAGAAAUGGUGCUGCUGGGCUCUGAUUGAUCAUCCAGGUCUGUUAACACCACGUGGAGCGUUUUGGAAUUGAUUCUGUCCAGCUUCAUACCUGCUCACUGCCACCUCGCUUGUUUCCUGUUAUUCUCUUCCAAACAGCUGUCUCUUCUUGUCUUUUCUGGCACUUUGUAGUGUGUUGACUUACUUCCCAUGCCAGUGAGAGCCAAAGCUUAGUUCAGUGUUUAGAUGGUGCUAAUGUGCUUUGUUGGAAUCUGACUGUAAAUGACUGGUGAAGAAGUCUCUCCCCUUUGGGCCUCUGCUGCUGCUCUGACUUUAUCAGUAGCACUUAUAACACUGACAGCCUCUCUGCCCUCUUACUGUCAACAAAGCUGCAGAAACCUGUGUCUUGUGUGCUCCCCCCAUCAUCCCUCUUUGAAAAACACACAGGCAUACACAGACCCCCACCCACCCAAUCAUGCACACAUUCACACACUCAAAACAAACAUGCAGACUCCACCCACCGUAGCAGCUUCAGAGGAAUGGUCAGCAUGUGGAGAGGUUGUGGUAAAAGAGUUGGAAGGGAAGUGGAAACUGGGGAGGGGAGUCGCUGCUGCUUUUAACGCCCAAAAAGUUAGUGAUAUACAGUGUCCAGAGGGACUGGAAGUGCUCAGUACAAGCUGAUGGGAACUUGUGUGUUCAUGGGUCCCCGUGCAGCCUUUCAUACAGUGCUGAGACGUGGGAAAACAGUCAUUUCACUGAGCCGAAGCCAGACUGCACCCAGGAUGAGAUCCAAAAUGACUUCUACUAAAUGGCCACUGGUCAGAGCUCAGUGAUGAUCCAUUGAAAAGCAGUUUGAGUAGAUGAUAACAAACAACCUUUAUUAAAGAAAGGAUUCCUCUUCUCUGUACUAAGAGUCUGUUAACUGUGUGUAAGGACCACUGGGAGUACAAGAAUCAAGCCAAGGGCACAUUCACUUCCCGCUGGCCUGCAGGAAGAUGGGAGUGAGAAAAUAAAGCUCUUUGGAGUCCAGAGAAGCUUAAUGAAUUCCAAGGAAUCUUAAAACAAACUGCAUUUUUGUAUGUCCCUGUGAGAGGAUCAGGCAACUAUGUGGACAUCGGCUGCAACUGCCCACAGUCUUCUGGCUGCUGCACUGCUAAUGGCUAGCUGCUUCCAAUCACUGAUGGUCACUGAGGAUGAUGUCACACCACGCAUCAGUUUCCCUUACAAUGCAAAGGAGAGGUCAGCCAAGAGAUUCUCUGUGGACGGCAUCUUUAAUUACACCUCUAUGCUGCUCAGCCAGGAGGACGACAUGCUGUACGUCGGAGCCAGGGAGGCGCUGUUCGCCCUCAGCCUCUCAGACAUCAGCAAGACCAAGCUGCAGAAGAAUCUGACGUGGGGCACUCCUGCUGGUAAAAGAGAGGAAUGCAGCUUCAAAGGGAAGAACCUUGAGACUGAUUGCUUCAAUUACAUCAAAAUUCUCCUGCGGCUGAACAGCACUCAUCUCUAUGUGUGUGGCACUUAUGCCUUCAGUCCCAUUUGUGCCUACAUAAACACGUCAACAUUUACACUGGAGAGAGAUGAAGUGGGCGAGGUCGUGAUGGAAGAUGGGCGCAGUCGCUGCCCCUUUAAUCCAGAGUACAAAUCCACUGCCAUCAUUGUUGAUGGAGAAUUGUACACUGGUACUGUCAGCAACUUCCAAGGGAAUGAACCAGUCAUUUACAAGAGUCUGGGUCAGGGAACUGCUCUGAAGACAGAAAACUCUUUGAAAUGGUUGCAAGAUCCUGUCUUUGUCGGAUCUGCUUACAUCGAGGAGAGUCAGCCAAUAGGAAACCCUGUGGGAGACGACGACAAGAUUUACUUCUUCUUCAGUGAGGCGGGAAAAGAAUUCGACUUCUUUGACAACACCAUUGUGUCGAGGAUUGCUCGCGUGUGCAAGGGUGACAAAGGCGGUGAACGCGUUCUGCAGAAGAAGUGGACCACCUUCCUGAAAGCCCAGCUUCUGUGUUCCCUCCCUGAUGAUGGCUUCCCCUUUAACAUCAUCCAGGACAUGUUUGUCCUGAAGCCCAUAGGAGACAGCUGGGAGAGCACCGUCUUCUACGGUGUCUUCACCUCCCAGUGGUAUAAAGGAGCAUCUGGUAGCUCAGCAGUGUGCGCUUUCACCAUGGCACAAGUGGAAAGAGCCUUCAGCGGCCGCUACCGGGAGGUCAACAGGGAGACACAGCAGUGGUACACCUACAACCACCCAGUGCCUGAGCCACGGCCCGGGGCGUGCGUGACCAACCACGCCAGGCAAAUGGGUAUCCGGUCGUCCUUACACAUGCCCGACAAAGUGCUCAACUUCGUCAAGGACCAUUUCCUGAUGGAUAGCGUGAUCCGCAGUGCUCCUCUGCUGCUGAAACGCAGUGUGCGCUACACACAGAUCGCCGUGCAUAAGAUCCAAGGCAUGGAGAGAGCCUACGACGUGCUCUUCAUUGGAACAGAUGAUGGAAAGCUCCAUAAGGCCAUCAAUGCCAACGAUAAGAUGCACAUCAUAGAGGAGAUGAUUCUGUUUCCUGAGCCUCAGCCCGUGCAACACAUUGAACUGGAUCCUCAGAGGGGUCUGUUGUUUGUGUCAUCCAACUCCGGCCUGGUGGAGGUUCCUGUGGCCAACUGCUCCAACUACCUGAGCUGUGGAGAGUGUGUGUUGUCCAGAGACCCCUACUGUGCCUGGACCGGGCGGCUGUGCAGGGAUGUCAGGAUGGCUCCACCUGACAGUCACUGGCAGCAGGAUGUGGAGGAGGCUGAUACAUCAGCGAUUUGUAACAGGACUUUUCCCAGUGCCAGAUCUGCCAGACCAGCAGCUUCUCGUGGCACUCAUUGCAAGCUCAUUACUAUCCCAGCCAACACAUUCAGGGUCCUGCCCUGUAAGCUGCGCUCUAACCUGGCACAGAGGAGGUGGCGUUACAGUGACAGCGCCAGCCAGUUCCUCUACGCUACUCCUGAGGGGAACCUGGUAGUUGUGGCUCAAGCCGACAGGAUCGAGACCUACGAGUGCUGGUCAGAAGAGGAAGGUUUCCGCCAGCUGUUGGCCAAUUACUGUGUGCGGGCAGAGCCCCGCCAGGAAAGCACCACUCUGAUCGGUCACUCACGUACACCGUACAUUGAGCGAGAGGAGACCAUCAUACUGCCCGGCGAGUCCCGUUCUGAGCAGGUCCACACGAAAACUUACUGGAACGAACUGAUCGUCGUGUGUGCCCUGCUAGCAUUCUCCCUUGUGGUCUUCUCCUUGUUCGUCAUCUACAGGAACCGAGAUCACAUGAAGUCCAUGCUGAAGCAGGGUGAGUGCCCUAACAUGCAGCAGAAGAAGCCAAGGAUAGUGGGAAAGCCUGCAGAGAGCUUACCCCUAAACGGUAACACGAUCCCUGUUUCCACUUCUGAUCACAAGGGCUACCAGACGUUAAAUGACAACUACAUCUGCAGCACGCCCACCCACGAGUCCUCGCCAGACAACAGCAAGAGCUUUUCUGAGGCUUCCGACAGGCGACCUCUUAACCUGAAGGAGAGCCACGUGGAAUACUCCCCAACCUGUCCUCGGCCCAGAGUCAGGCUCGGCUCAGAGAUCAAAGACUCUAUCGUAUGAGAGCACAGUGUUCACUAAAAAGAUGCCGCACUGUAUCUCCAUGAAGGAUACAGGCUACCGAGCAAAGGAGAGGAGACCCCGACAUCCUUCUACAUCACAGCACAUAUUUUAUUUUAGUCAUCUUUCUUCUGUGAUCAGUGCGGAGGUCAUUUCAUUUAACUAUUUCCACUCCGAAGCCAGAGGUCGGCCCAGUUUGCUGCUGAAAGGCAGGAAGACGACGCAGCACAACACCUCGGUUUUAACCAGGAUCACGAGCCGUGGCAGCUGCUAAGAAUAGUUAUGAGACAGUCUUUGUUUGAGUCAUUCUCGUGGCUGCUAAUGGCCACUAAUGUGUGAGAGUAUAGGGCUGGGCAAUUUGAAGAGGAAAAUAACAAAAUCAACAGAAGAGCUUCUUCUGGUAUCAGUAUUUAUUACAGUAUCUGUUUAGGUAUGAUCCAUCAUUAAAUUGUCUUUUUGAUCUCCAUCACAUGAUGUGAUUAAAACAACAAAUCAUGAAUAAUAAAUAUUGAUAUGUUGCCCAGCUCUAUUUGAGUAUGUGUAGACUUGCACAUGCUCUGCAGAAGAUAGACGCUACAGAAUCUAGAUUUCUGUCAUUAUGCAGAUUAAAACCAAGCUGCAGCUACACGGUGACCAAGACUUCAUGUUUGGGAGAAUAUAAUACAUGUAUUGCCUUUUCAUUAUGAUCCACACAUUCGGGAGGUCAGAAGUCAGAAGCACAGUCAUUCCCUUUUGCUGAAUAAGUGUCAUGACUGUAUGAGGAUAAAGAUGAUGGAACAUUAAGGCACACCAGGAGAACAAAAUCGAGCCCUCUUAACAAACAACAAUUAAAAGGACUGCAACUUCUACCACAGAUGAUCAAAGAAAUGUGUUCAUAAAUUGUGCUCCAGGGUCUAAAUACUGACCUUUACUCCUGAAUGUACGCUGUAGUUCAAAGAACGUCUGUUUUAUUCACACAUCACUGCACCGUGGACAAUAUGGUGAACCCAUUGCUCUGCUUAUCUGAGACAGUCCUGCUCUUCAGCAUUGACCUGCAGUUACCCUAAUGUUCUCAUAAAUUGAUACAGACACCUUUUUGAGGUGAAUAUGGAAAGAGACAGUCAAAGCGGACAGUAAAAAAAAAGAGAGCCAAGACAAAAGGGCCUCGUCCACACCUCUACCAUGUUCAGGGCGGCACUGAAGUCAUCAUGUGCACUGUGCCAAAAAGCAGAAAUAACUUGAUUGUCUUCUCUAAAUGCAAUAGUGCCAUUCUGUCAUGACCACUGCCAUGCUUUGUGUUAACAUUGAUCACUGUCGAAGAGCACAUGGUGAUGGAACCAGAGUUGGCUUUCACAGAACGUAAAGUGGCACUAACAAUAAACAAAUGUGAAGUGCAAGGUUGGAAAUUUCUUUAAGACUGUUAGCUCAUAAUGAACCUAUGAGACUGUGCUGGGGCCAAAGGAUAUGGCAUGGAGAUUUCUUCAUGUGAAAACUUGUCUUGCGGGUUGUGAGAAAAUAUUCCACUUUUCUUUCAACUGCCCUUAAAGGAGUUAUAUGCCUUCUUAAUAUACACUGAAACAUGCAUACACAACCAAUUUGAGACUAUUGGGCUUGAUGAACAACACAAACUUUUUUUAAGUGCUAAAAAGCCCAUUGUGAAAAUGAAAAAAGUCACAUAACAGCUAGUAACAGCCAUCACUAUUGUGGAGAAAAAAAAUACUCUGUGGUCUCUUGUCCAGACUGCAGCUGCACUAUGUAGUGAUGUAGUUGCACUGAGUGUGGCAUUGGCUCAGUAGAACCUCCCCCAUCAGGUUGCAUUUCUUACAUACAUGGCAUUCACCACACUCAGUCAGAUGUCAAGUUGAAGUUAAUGUGAAAGCACAAGUAAUCAGGGUCUUGAAUACUUAACAGAUUUGCACAUGUCUGUAAAAUUGGAGCAAAUUCACAGAAAGGCAACUACUGAAAGAUGUAAAGUGUGGCUGCUAAGGAACAUGAUUUUUAGAAAUCAGUUAUUACAGGGACCAGUGCAGCCAUCACAAACACUCUUGCACCCACAUAUUGCUUAGACGUUUAAGACUAAACAAGCAGAGUUUUCCAAAGAUGUAGGAAUUUGGUUGUUGUGUAAAUCUGAAUGAAAAACACUUACACGGCCGUAGGGACAAUAUGGCACCACGUGUCUUAGAAUACAUCACCAGUUCACUGUAAUGAUCAAGUAAGCUUACAGCUAUAUAUUCCAGUAUCAUACAGAAUAAACAUUUUGUCAUUUUAAACACUGAGCAGACAACAAAAUGCUAUGUAACUGCUACAAGUUAACAAAGUAAUUGCACAGCAAGCACUGCACAGCAGUGGUCAGUGUUUCCUUUUUUCAGUUUUUGUUGUGUAUAUACAGUAUCUGUGCUUAAUAUUGUGUGUUUCUAAGGGACCUUGUGCAAGAUGUGUUGUAGAGAUAGUCUUGAAAAUAGAGAGUGAACACUGCUGAUAUUUUGUUUUCAUAGAGCUUUGCUGCCUACUUCAGCAUAUACUUCAACCCUUGCACAGAUUGCUGCACAUUUUUCACCGUGCUGUUAGUUCAGCACCUGACCUGGUUUUAACAAGCAUGUCAAAGCAGGAGGACAUAUUUGUUUUUAUUUUCAUGCUAUACUGAAUUAAAGGGGUAGUUUGAUAUUGGAGAAAAUAGGCUUAUUCACUUUCUUGCUGUGAGUUAGACAAGAAGAUAGAGACCUCUCUUGUCUGCACACUAAAUAUGAAGCUACACCAGCAGCCUGUUAGCUUAGCUUAGCUUAGCAUAAAGGCUGGAAACGGGGAGAUUGCUAACCUGAGGUAACAAAACCUGUCCAAUAACACCCUGAGGUUUAGUAAUAUAGUUUUCAUUCAUGAUUGUGACUGAUUUGUUACCUUUGUACAGAAGCAGACUGGACUAGUUUUCGCCAGUUACUAGUCUUUAUACUAAUAUAAGCUAACUGGAUGUUGACUGCAGCUUCCUAUUUACCACUGUGAAACUUCCAAGUUAAGUAAACACAACAACUGUAUAAUACGAAUGAAUCGGAUGCUAAAAGCUUUGGUGCCGGGCAUUGCUUGUCACAGCUAAGGCAGAUAUUCUAAAAUCUAACAUGGUGGCUGAAUACCCUGCUUUGAGAUGCUUGGUGGAUAACCUCACAACAGACUUUCAAAAUGCCUUUCAGAUAUCAAGUUGUUCUGCCUUUAACCAUUGUUCACCACCCAGCUGUGACCUCACCAACAGAAAUGUGGUGAAUGGUGUGAUUGUAGCCCUCCAUGGGUACACUCAGCUCCACAACACGGGUCAACAGAAGAUUUACAGAUUCAGCCAAGCCACCAUAGACUUUACCUGCAAACAAUAAGACUGGGAGCUGCUCAAAAUCUUGUACCUUUCUGCAGUCUUUGCUUGUGUCAAAAGUGAUGCUGUGCACAUAGAAAACAUUUUUCUGAACAGGUCAGUGUUUAUUAAUAAUAAUAAUAAUAUUUCCUAAUCUCAUCUAGAACAGCUGAAUUUACAAUAUCAUUUGAAUUUAAAAGUUAACAGUGUCAAAAAAGGUCAAUACUGUGUCAUAAAUGCAUAUUUAUUAAUGACGUGCUUUUCAUUAAAAAGCAAAUACUACCAUGGU